AUGAGUAGUUCGUCAUCAUCAUCGUCAUUAUUUCACUGUCUUAUUUGUAUUCUCUGCGGAUUUUGUUUGGCAUUCAUUCUCAUCCUUACAACAGUUAUCAUCUAUAAUAUGAACAGUAGAAAUGUUUCGUUUACAUCGAAAUCUCAUUCAAAUCAUGAUAUUGUGCCAAUAGCACGAAAACGUCAGUUGCAAGAUUUCGUUAAUGUAAACAUCGAUCCUUGUGAAAACUUCUAUGAUUUCGUUUGUGAUAAAUGGACACAAGAGAGAAAACGAGACAAAUAUCAUGAUGAUCUUGAUGAUGAAGAUACGUCGAAACAUCAAUGGACACGUAUUCGACAUCAAAUACAUGACAAACUUAUGAUUAAUAUCACGACUGAUCAAUCAAAAUCCAAUCAAAACAAUGUUUCAGCAACAGUUUUAACUCUGUAUCAAUUAUGUGAAACACAGCCUCCUUCUUCGUUACUCGACGAAGUCGAGCGUUAUUUUGCUCUACUUAUUCAACAGGAACCUUAUCGAUCCUAUUCGACUCUUUUUAAUCAAACACCAGCAAUUGAAUCUCCGACUCCACCCGUUUACUUCCAAUAUAAUCCAUUUUUUAAACUGACUCCUUCAUCAUUGAACCAUCUCAAUCAUUCAUUUACCAACAUCCACAGAAUAAAUUAUCGCUCAUUACCAUCACCUUUACUUGUUCUUCCUAAUUCGAAUGUUUUGAAUCAAACAGCCCUGGCGGAUCUGAUCACAUUCGAUCAUGACUAUCAAACAUUUUUACAAGAGGCCAAUGAGACCGUUCAGUUCUACGAACAAGAAUACAAUCAGAACUCUCUGAUCAUCAAACGCAUAUUUCUAUUCGCUGAUUAUCAUUUGUGUCUUUCAUCAUUGAAUGAAACAAGUGGUUUAAAAAACUUGAUUCAAUUAUUAAACUAUUUCCUUCAGACACGUUUACAUAAGUUUAAUACAAGAAUGGUUGAUAAACAAAUUCGUAUUCUCGACAAAAUUACCAACAACCACACACUUGUCGAACAUCUUCGACGUAUUCGAUUAGAAUUCAAACUUCUCGAAGAAAUCAUCCCACUCGAAGAUCAAUCCAAUGACGAUAACUGCUCAUGCAUCAUCCAUCUACUCGAUCAAUUGCUUGACAGACGUAUGACAAUCUCCGACCUCUCCCCAAACAUAGAUUUCUUCUCCGAAAACUCAACUUUGAAAUAUUACAUGUCAAACGAUUGGCCUUAUAUAAUGAUGUUAUAUGAUCGUUUACUGAAACCUGCCCCACUGCAUAUACUUGUUAAUUUUGUCUUCUUUGAUUACUAUCGUCAUUUGAUUUAUCCAUAUUAUCAACCACAUAUUCACCGUUCGAUUGAAUAUAAAAACGAAUCUUUAACUCAAACGAAUCUGUCCUGUUCGAUAAACAAUUGUUUCGAUAUAUUGAACUGUUAUCAUCCAUCGUUAAUGAUUCAGACGCUAGUCGAACAAAGCCAGAUUUCUGUUGAAUCAAUAAGGAUUAUUGUGGAGAAUCUGAUUAAUCGUUUUCGAUUGAUUAUCGAACAAUCAGAUCAUUUGUAUAUGCAAGAAAAAACGGUUUUAAUAGAUCAAUUAAACCAAAUCAAAGUCAGCAUUGGACAUCCAUCGUUAUCUCUUACAACUCUUCCUAGUCUUCAUUCAUUGUCUUAUCUCGAUUACGUGCAAUUAUUUGCAUCGAUGUCCUCGGAUCAUCAAGCUUAUCUAUAUUCGACAGAACCAAUCUAUAAUCCGAUGAAUCAUACCUUGAUUCUUCCAUAUGGCUUUAUUUACCUAUCAAAUCACUCGAUUGAAUAUCCGUUAGUCAAGUUUCUGCUCAAACUUCUUUCUCAAACGAUUCAGUCGAAUCCUUUCUAUAUCGAAUGUUUGAUCAAAUCGUUCGAUGAUUCAAACUCGACAACAGUGGAUACAAAUGAUGAACAUAUAACUUAUCUCUUAUUUCGCACAUCCUUUUUAUAUGAUCACAAGAUUAUUUUCGACGAAUAUCUCUGGCCAUUUAUGAGUGCCAAUUCUUUGAUAAAACGCUUUCUCAUUGAUUACACUGCUAAUAAUUACUGUCAAAAUUCAAAUGCUUAUCAAUUGUUUCUCAACAAUACCUAUCUGUACGACGAUAUUUCGUUAGUAUUUCAUUGUUCUCAAGCAAGUUCUAUCAAACAAUCGAAAUGUAGCGUUAUUUAA